AAAUGACUGACAAUACAACAUCUGAUCAACAAACGUUUUAUACAACCCUUUUUGAAAAGGCAACAAAAGAGGAAGAAAAACAAAACACUGCUGAAGCCAUCAAACUUUUUACUCAAGUAAUUAAUGGGGAGAUGUCUAAAAAGAAUGAAGUAAUAAUUAAAAAGAAGGAAGAGGCUAUCUAUAGUCUCGGUAAGAUUUAUGCCACUAAAGGUGAUGCUCAAGCCAUCAUGGAAUUAAACAAAUCUAUCCGACCAUUCUUCCAAGAUCUUCCAAAGGCCAAAACAGCAAAAAUUGUUAGAACUCUUAUUGAAUUAGUUGGUACAAUUAAAGGAAGUGAUGCAAUUCAAAUUGAAAUUUGUAGAGAAUCUAUCGAGUGGGCAACAACUGAGAAGAGAAGUUUCUUGCGUCAACGUAUUGAAUCAAGAUUGGCCAAUUUAUUAUUUAUUAAGAAGGAAUUUACUGAAUCUCUUGAAAUAAUUACUAGAUUAUUGAGAGAAGUCAGAAAAUUAGAUGACAAGGCAUUGUUAGUUGAAAUUCACUUGUUGGAAAGUAAGGUUUACCAUUCUCUUAGAAAUCUUUCAAAAUCAAGAGCUGCUCUCACAUCCGCUAGAACAGAUGCAAAUGCUAUCUACUGUCCUCCACUCCUUCAAGCAGAAAUUGAUAUGCAAUCUGGUGUAUUGCAUGCUGAAGAAAAGGAUUACAAGACUGCCUUCUCUUAUUUCUUUGAAGCUUUUGAAGGUUACAGUAACUUUGAUGAUUAUACUGCUGUCAUGUGUCUUAAAUACAUGUUGCUCUGUAAAGUUUGUACAAAUAAUCCUGAUGAUGUUCAAACACUCCUCAGUACAAAGACUGCUCUCAAAUAUACUGGUAGAGAAGUUGAUUCUAUGAAGGCUGUUUCUGUUGCAUAUCAAGAAAGGUCACUUCACUCUUUUGAAAAGGCAUUAUCUGAAUUUGAAGGAGAAUUGAAAAAUGAUCCGAUUAUUAGUUCCCACCUUUCAGAAUUAUAUGACAAUUUAUUGGAACAACAUCUUUUGAGAAUUAUUGAACCAUUCUCUCGUGUUCAAAUUACUCACGUUUCUUCAUUGAUUGAUCUUCCUCGUACAAGAGUUGAAAGAAAACUUUCUCAAAUGAUUCUUGAUAACAAACUUAAUGGUAUUCUUGAUCAAGGAAAUGAUUGUAUUAUUGUAUAUGAGGAAACAAAGAAGGAUGAAUGUUAUCCUGCUGCAUUGGAAACUAUUGAAAAUAUGGACUCUGUAAUGGAUUCACUCUUUGAACGAGCAAAAGCCCUCACUAAAUAAAAUAAUCUUUGUAUUUUU